AUGCCGACGGGAGAGAUAUUUUUAUCUCCAAUAUUUGAAGUGUUGUUUGAGAGAUUGGCAUCUCUGAAACGAUGUGAAGAUGGGUUGCGUUCAGAGCUGAAGCUGCUGAAGAAGCAAUUGCUGACGGUUCGGGCAGUGCUUAAUGAUGCGGAGGAGAAGCAAGUGAAGAACGUGUGUGUGAGCCAAUGGUUAGAUGAUAUUCAGGUCUUGGCCUAUGAUGUGGAGGAUUUCCUGGAUGGACUUUCCUAUCAAUUUUUUCGGCGGAAUUUGGUGGUGGAACAACCAAUCAACAUCGAGCUUGAUAUGAAGUCCAAGAUAGAAGAGAUCACUGGCCAUUUGGAAGAUAUCUGUGAAGAAAAAAAGGGACUUGGAUUGAAAGAAAUUGCUGAAGGCUCUUUAACUGGUGGUUGGCAAAGACCACCCAGCACAUGUGUGCCAACUGAAGCUGCUGUUAUUGGGAGAGAUGAUGAUAUAGCCAAAAUUCUUGACUUGUUAUUGACAGAUGAAUCCAGUGAUGCUAACUUCUGUGUUAUAUUUAUAUGGGGGAUGGGAGGUUUUGUGGAAGACUUCCUUCUAAAAUCAUGGGUUUGUGUCUCCCAUGAUUUUGAUGUUCUGAGAAUCUCCAAGACAAUUCUGGAAUCAAUCACUGGCAAAUCCUGUGAUCUCAAGGAUUUAAAUGAGGUGCAGGUCCAACUGAGAGGGGCAAUUUCUAGAGGAAAGUUUUUGCUGGUCUUGGAUGAUGUUUGGUCGACUGAUUAUGGGCUGUGGCAAAUUCUAAAAUCUCCCCUUAUGGGUGGCAUACCGGGGAGUAGGAUGAUCGUGACCACACGCAGCAGAGACGUUGCUUUAACGAUUGGAAAUGGCGAAGUUUACAGUUUGAAGCUUCUCUCGGACGAUGACUGUUGGGGUAUUUUUGAAAAUCAUGUUGGUGGGAGCAGAGUUGUUUCUGGACUGCGAAAUCUGGAAUUAAUCCGUGAAAAAGUUGUCGAGAAGUGUAGAGGACUACCUUUGGCUGCAAGAACUUUGGGUGGGCUUCUACGACUCAAGCAGAGUGGGGAUGAGUGGGUGAAAUUAUUGGAUAGCAAACUUUGGGAUUUUUCAGACAAAACUGUUAUUCUUCCUUUCUUAAAAUUAAGCUAUUUUCAUCUUCCAUUUCAUCUUAAGAGUUGUUUUGCUUACUGUUCAAUUUUUCCAAAGAAUUAUAAAAUUGACAAGGAGCAAUUAGUUCAUUUGUGGAUGGCACAGGGAUUUCUUCACUCCGCGAAAAAGAAGGAGCUGAGUGAUUUAGCUGGUGAAUGCAUUGAUGCCUUAGUGUCCAAGGCAUUGCUUCUACCUUCGAAAGAUGAUCCUUCUGUUGUUACAAUGCACGACCUUAUUCAUGACCUGGCUGAAUGGGCUGCUGGAGGUGGUACUUUUAUGUUAGAGGAUGAAUUUGAGGCGAAUAUGCAAUCAGAAGGAUGUGAGAAGGUUCGUCAUUUUUCUUGCAUCACUGGUUCUUAUGAUAGUAAAAGUAAGUUUCACGUUCUAGAUAAAGUUAAUUGCCUAAGGACAUUUUUACCAUUGCCACUAGAUGGUCAUUGUCGAUACAUAUCUGAUAGGGUUAUUUCUGAUUUGUUGCCCAAGUUAAAAAAUAUAAGGGCCCUAUCUUUAUCUAAAUAUUAUAUCACUGAGAUACCCAAUUCUAUAGGAGAGUUGAGGCUUCUAAGGUAUCUCGAUCUUUCUGACACUAAAAUUAGAUGUUUACCAGGUUCAUUGAGUUUAGUAUUCUACUUGGAAACAUUGCUUCUAAAUGCUUGUUCUCGUCUCGAGAAACUGCCUUUGGAAAUAGGGACGUUGAUCAAUCUUCAUCAUCUCGAUAUUACAAAUGUGUACUUAAUAACAGAAAUGCCUAUUGGAAUAAAAAAUCUGAAACAUCUUUGGACAUUGUCUGAUUUUGUUGUGGGUAAAGAAACUGGAGCUGGUUUGAAAGAAUUGAAGAAUUUAAAGUUCCUUUGUGGAAAACUUCGUAUUUCAGGAUUAGAAAACGUGACUAGUUCUCAUGAUGCAAGAGAGGCCUUGUUAAGUGAGAAGAAAGAUUUAGAAGUAUUGUCGCUACAAUGGAGUUCACAAUUUUCCGACUCAAGAGAUAAUCUACUGGAAAAGGAUAUACUUGCCAUGCUACAACCUCAUAGAAAUCUAAAAGAGCUCACUAUUAAAGGUUAUGGUGGUAAAGAGAUUCCUUCUUGGUUAGGAGAUCCAUCAUUCUCUAAUAUGGUGACCCUAAAAUUGGAAAGCUGUAGAAACUCUACAUCCUUGCCUUCUUUGGGGCUUUUAGGGUCACUUAAAGACUUAACCAUCAAGGGGAUGACAGGACUUAAAAGUAUAGGUCUAGAGAUCUAUGGGGAAGGUUGUUCAAAGCCUUUUCAAAGUUUGGAGACUCUUUCUUUAGUGGAUUUGGAUGAAUGGGAGCUUUGGGAUUCUAUCAAAGAAAAUGAGCACGUUGAAAGAUUUCCUUGCCUACGUGAGCUUUCUAUUGUAAGAUGCCCCAAGUUCUCUGGAAGAUUACCUGAAAAUUUUCCUUGCCUUCUUGAGCUUUCCAUUAUAAGAUGCCCCAAACUCUCUGGAAGAUUACCUGGUCAUCUUCCUUCAUUAAAUAAGCUUGUUAUUUUUCAAUGUUUGCAGUUGGUGGUUUCAUUCUCAAGCUUCCCAAUGCUCUGUAAACUAGAAAUAGAUGGAUGCAAAGAGAUUGUGUGCAGUUGUCAAAAGAUUGAUUCUAAGUCACUGAAGUCUAUGACUCUUGCAAAUAUCAGAGACGUUGGAAAUUGGUUAAAACAAGAGUUUCAUAAUGUUGAACAUCUGAAGAUUGUUGAUUGUGAAGAACUUUUAUGUUUCUGGGAUAAAGAUAUUCAUCAUAUGAAGCAACCACAAGGGCUACACAGCCUCACCUCUGUCAAAGAACUAUAUAUUGAAAAUUUCCCAAGUUUUGUUUCAUUUCCAGAGGCUGCUUUCUUUCCCAAUUUGAGUGUCCUUGUGAUUGAAAAUUGUAAUGCUCUAUUGUCCUUGCCUGAGGGAAUACAGGGUAACAAUGCAGUUCUUGAAAGAUUGCGAAUUGGAGGUUGCCGUUCUCUAAGAUUCAUUUGCACAGUAGCGAUACAUCUAGUCUUGAGUACUUGUAUAUCUCUGAGUGCCCAUCUCUCACGAGCAUAUCAUCCAUAG